CAUCAUAGAGCCUGUUUAGAGCCGGUUCAGACAUUGUACAGAAAUAUUUGGUGCAGCUUCAUUUGCAAUAAGCAAAAAGCAACAGGUGCCCUUUAUUCACAGUUCGCACUCUAAAUGGAGCAAGAGUUUUGUAUUGAUUGAUCACAACACAGCACUUUUACCACAGCAGAAAAGUAGCAUUGAACCUUCCACACUUCUCAUUCCAUCGAAAUAGAUCUUGACAGACUGUAUAAAAGUCCCCGCGAAAAUGACGUCUAAUUUCAAUUCCAGUCGAUCAAAUACAAUAUCUCCUAAUCAACCCGCCAUUUCAGACUAUUCAGAUCUUUAUGAUGAGUAUAUGGCAGACGAAAGCCGUUCGAAGCCUUCUACAAUUAACACCUUCAUGGAACAAAACGCUAGUGUUGUUCGGUCAGAGUCCUCUGAUUUCAUUCCUUAUACAAGAGAACAACUUCUGGAGAAUAAUCUUUAUCAAGGUCCAGGAGAUGCAGUUGUGACAUCAGAUGACGAGGAAGAAUGUUUGUCUUCGAGAGAAGAGAUCCCAACUCUGGAUAGAGAUCGGAUAUUGAUUCCAGAAUCAUCUCCCGAGUGGCAGCAAAAAGGCGCAGCUCAAAUUCUGGAGAAAGUGAGGGCCGCAGAUGGAACUUCGGUAACCAGGGUUGUUAGGAAAUCUAUCAAAAAUUUUAAAUUAGGAAAAGAAUUAGGUGAAGGGUCGUACUCGACCGUGGUAUUGGGAUCAGAUCUGUGCACGGGACGAGACUACGCGAUCAAAAUAUUGAAUAAAAGACACAUAAUCAAGGAAAAGAAAGUCAAGUAUGUCAACAUCGAGAAGAAUGCCCUCAAUAGAUUGGGAAAAGGCCAUGGUAUUAUUCAUUUAUUUUAUACCUUUCAAGACGAGCAAAAUCUUUACUUUGUUCUGGAUUACGCCCCAAAUGGAGAGCUUUUGUCUUUGAUUAAGAAGCACGGUACUAUGGACGAGGAAUCUGUUAGGUAUUACUCCACUCAACUAGUUGACGCAAUUGAUUAUAUGCAUAGAAAUGGCGUUAUUCACCGAGAUAUCAAACCAGAAAAUAUCUUGCUAAAUGCUGAUAUGAAAAUCAAAAUCACGGAUUUUGGCACGGCCAGAAUUUUGGAUCCGAAUGACGAUGGGGUCUAUCCUUCAGACGUGAGAGCUAAUUCUUUUGUUGGCACUGCUGAAUAUGUUUCUCCAGAACUUCUGAAUGACAAAUACUGCGGCAAGGCUGCAGACGUUUGGGCUUUGGGCUGCAUUAUAUACCAAAUGAUCGCUGGAAAACCACCUUUCAAGGCAACCAACGAGUACCUCACAUUCCAGAAAGUGCUCAAGCUUCAAUACGCUUUUAGUGCUGGAUUCCCAAUGGUGAUUAGAGACCUGGUAAAACGCAUUCUGGUAUUGAAGCCGGAGGACAGAAUUACAAUCCAAGAAAUAAAAAAACACUACUUCUUCAAGGAUGUUGACUGGAAUGACAUGCAUUCAAUUUGGUCAAUGCCUCCACCAGAGCUUGGUCCCUACAAAAUGUCUGCAAAGUCAAUGCUUCCUGUUCCCGAACUUAACAGAAGUACACAGAACUUGUCUCCAGCAGGGACCAAACGGAUCGGCAGUGCUGGAAGUAGAAGUGCUUCAACUACCAAUAUCUUGAAUUCCAAUAAUCUGGUUUCUACUGCCGCUUCAACUCCUACUUCUACGAGCACUAAUGGAACCAUAUUCGGUUUGCCAAACCCUAUGGAACCAAAAAAGACAAACUCCUCACCUGUCUUGCCGACCGAGAAAACGUUGUACAAUCCCUUGUCCACCGCAGCUGCCGUUGCCACGACCAAAAGGCUGGUUUCAGAACCCAUUAAAAUUCCAUAUCUCGCAGGUCCCAAUCAGUCUCACGGAAGAACGGGUCGUUUCGAGGCGUCAAAGGCUAAUAGUAAUCUUCAAUAUUCAACUUCAGGAUCCAAACAGAACUCGACAUUGAACAACGGCGGAUCUGCUCAGGAAAUCAAUACUGGGAGGCCAUCGCCUAAUUUGGAGGCACCUCCUGCCUUCAAAUCAACCGGUUUGACCAGUUCUUCUCCAUCUUCAACUUUGUCGAAUGUUUCGAUUCAACAAAAACAAGCUUCAACGCAGAAUGUUGACUUGAUCCCAGGUACCAACAUCCCGAGACCCGUUCUCAAUACUCGCAUAAACGCGUCCAAUAGCUUUCGCAAGACCACUGGAGUACAGGGAUCAAAAUCCAAACAGCCUUUUAUCAAUGGCGUUAAUUCGGAUGACAUCCCCCCUAUGUCUGUCCUUGAUCUCACCUGGGUCAACUUUCUAAUUCAUCCUGACGAAAGGGUAUUGAAAGCGGGGAUUGUGCAAGUGAGCAAGUAUACGACAGAGUCAUUUGAAAAAAAAUAUAAAGGGAUGUUAGCAGAAUCACCGUUGGGCUACAAGAACAAAGAGCUACUGAACUCCUCGAACCCUGGAAUGAUAGGACAGGCUUCCUCCUUUAGAAAGAAGUCAGCCGCAUCCAUCCAAAGUUUAGACAAUGCAAUUACAUUCAUUGAGCUCGAGACAACAGAGAAUCAUGAAGAAGAGGAUUCAUCGAAAGAUGUUCCAUCCGAAAGAAUGACCAAGCUGAAAAACUUGUUCCACAAGACUUCAACGGAUCCGGUAGCAAAACAACGAAUUCUGGUCAUUACCACCUUUGGCAGGGCAAUGCUAUUUGUGGAGAAUCAUGAUCGCAAUAAAGAAAAGUAUCAGUGCGUCUGUGAGAUCAACCUCAUCAAUUCCUCCGUGCAUUUUAGAGAAGUAAUAGGGGAUCGAAGAUCUAAGAAUGCUUCAACGGGUAUCUUCGCAAUUGUUUCCAAUGACGUGAGUCUGGCAUUUGAAGUAGACAAGCAAGAUCUUUCUGCUUGGACCAACUCACUAGCUAAAUCCAGAUUUAUGGAACAGGAACGACACAUUCGCAUGCUUAUGGAAAACGAUCCCGCAGGUGACUCGGGUAUGGCUACGGGAAACCAAGCCGCCUCUCGUGCAGCCAAUAUGGCAAUGUCAUCUCCAGUUGAAACUUCUCCCAGACUUUCUGCUGAGCUGCCGUCAACAGGCUCUGAUUCUGAUGAAGGUCCUCGAGAUAUACGGCUAAGCAUGGAAACAGGGCGCAACACUGCUCGUUCACCAUUAGCACAACCAGCAAGCAAAGCCGGAAGGAAACCUCCACCAGUUGGAAGUCAGUUUCCUACAUCUAUGAGGCCCGAUAUGGAAUCCAGUUCUAGUAAGUCACCAAACCAACAACGCCAGGAUCCAGGAACUCGCAAAAUGUUGUAUGAGAAUUCUCCUAUGAUAUCGGCAGCUAUCAGCAAGGCACUCAAAAAUACAACUAUCUCCUCUGAAAGUGAUCACAAUGGGCUAUCAAACACCCGACACUCGAGCUUUACACAUAAAUCUGCUGGCUCGGCGGCCAAGACUGGCAACACCGGUGGCAAAAAUCACGGUUCAAGUCCACGUUUGGUGACGUCCAUGAAUUCGAAACUUCUAGCACGGACUACCCGAAAGAAACGUUAAUGUAUUUUAGUUGAAUGUGCAUCUAUCUUCCCCAGAUUUGUCUACAUUUAGUACUGUGGUUUCGUAUUAGCUAAUCAUCUAAACUUUGUGACUGCGUUUUUUAAAUUCUACCACAACAAUCGGGGGUUGUAAAUAAAACAAUAGACGUCGUGCGAAAACAGCACACCGCAUUUUUUGACCUCCCCCGGUGGAGCUGGAAUAUCUCCCGUGCAAAAAAUUUAGCCCCCGGGCAACAAAGCGGGCUAAAAAUUUUCUGCGGGUAGAGAACACAAAAUUUUUCAGUUCAAGAAUUUUCAUUUCCUAGCUACUUUUUGUAUCUGUGCUUAAUCCUAGAACAAGAAGAGAAUAGAAAUGGCUAAGUUCAUCAAAGCAGGCAAAGUUGCUGUCGUGGUCAGAGGCAGAUACGCAGGAAAGAAGGUCGUCAUUGUGAAACCUCACGAUGAGGGUACCAAAUCCCACCAAUUCCCACACGCUAUUGUCGCCGGUGUCGAGAGACAACCACUCAAGGUGACCAAAUCCAUGGGAAAUAAGAAAAUUGCUAAGAGAACUAAGAUCAAGCCAUUCGUGAAAGUCAUCAACUACAACCACUUGAUGCCAACCAGAUACUCGUUCGAGGUCGAGUCUUUCAAAAACGCUGUCUCCGUGGAAGCUUUGUCUGAGCCAUCCCAAAGAGAGGAAGCCAAGAAGGUGAUCAAGAAGGCAUUUGAGGAGAGACACCAAGCCGGCAAGAACAAGUGGUUCUUCACCAAGCUUGCCUUUUAAAUCAUACUAAAUAGUGCUUAAUCAUUGACUUAAA